AUGGCGAGCGUGAUGUACCUGGCGUUCGUCCUGGACGAGGACCUCGCCCGGAAGAAGAACAAGGCCAACGUGACCGUCGGUGAGGAGGUCCUCACCGCCAUCGUGGACGGCCUGACCGGCGAGAGCGAGGACGCCAAGUUCGGCUCCGACCUGCGCGAGCAGUUCGGCAUCCUGGUGCAGGCCGUCACCAAGCUGGGCGUCAACGCCAUCAACAACUACGGGGCCGGCAACAAGAAGAAGCCCGCCGCCGUCCGGGAGGCCGGUGACUGCGGCCAGGAAGCUGCCGCCGGCUGCCUGGAGUCCAGCGGAGAGUCCAGUGGAGAGUCCAGCGGAGAGUCCAGCAGCGACUCCAGCGGAGAGUCCAGCAGCGACUCCAGCGGCGAGUCCAGCAGGAGCGCCAGGGCGGUGGACAACGUCGGUGAAGGACGGCGGCGGCAGGUGCGCAGGCUGCUGGUGCGGUACCUGGUGCUGCUCAAGGUGUUCGCCCUGGGCAUCAUCCUGCCCGGCGCCGUGCUGCUGUCGCUGCUGCAGUCCUGGAAGGCCGUCACCCUCUCCCUCAUGGCCCUGCUGCUGGCCGGGGUCAUAGGCAUCCGGGGGCUCGUCAACACUGCGGCCAAGGGCCAGUCCGCCGAGGUGAUCCACACGACCGGACCGGGCGGGCACUACUGGAGGCGCGUCUCCUCGCAGGAGCAGGGCCAGGAGCCAGACCGCCUGGCCUACGGGGCCUACGUCCCCGUCAACUAGGCUGACGGGGAGUCCACUCGCAAGAACAGAAAAUUAUUUAUUUAUUUAUUUAACGUAAUAAUCACACAUCUCGAUUGCUCGAUUUAUUUAUUUAUUUGCCACGAUCAGCUGUGAUGAUGAAACA